AUGAAAACUAUGAUUUAUAUAGAUUUUGGUGGUGGACAAGAAACAAAAACAUUGACAGCUCCUCAAGAUGCUUUGGAUAGUACACCUAUUGAUAUGAAUUUCUUCAAUGAUGGUGGCAGUGACAAUAACGCCGAGAUCAAGACAAAUGCAGUUUACAAUCCGAUUGUCAACAAUGAAUCAAGCGUAUCUAGUUUCACUGACAACAGCCAUACUAUGAAAGACAAUAUAGAGAAACAGAAUAAUGAUCUAUUCGUCUUAGGAGACAAUCAACAAUCGAAUGUGAUAGAUUCAACAAACAUUGCUAAUGAUGACUUUCUAUCAAAUGCUGAAAAGCCAGAUAAAACUGAUUUCACCGAGGGGUCAACGGAACAACAACAACCUAUUCUUGUUGACGAACAAGAAUAUCCAUCAAAAGCAGACGAUAAACAAUCAGUUGUCGAUUACUAUAAUAAUGAAACUACAAUAACAAAUGAUCAAACACAUUUUACAACUCCCUUACAACAAGAAGAACACUCAACAACAUUGUCAAAUCCAAAUUAUGAACAAUUUGAUGAGGACGAAAGCGCGUCAAUAUCAUUUUCGUCACUUACCAUAACCAUGGAUGAAAAACGUCGAUCAGAAAUUGCGGAAAAAGAUGCAAAAGAAGAGAAACAAAUUAAUGAAUUAAAACAACAAGCUAAAAAUGAUUUAAAUCAAUGGUACAAUGAAAGAAAAAAACGGACGGAUGAAAAACGAAAACAAAUAAAAAAUGAUGAAGAGAUUCUUCGAGCUAAAGCAGGCGAAAAAAGUGUAAAACAAUCAUGCGAUUGGGAAAAAGUAUUACAACUCGUUGAUUUUUCUCCGUCAUCAUCAAUAACAAAAUCAAAACGAGAUUUAUCACGAAUGAAAUCUAUAAUGUUGAAUGCAAAACAAUCCACAAAAAUGCCCAAUGGAAUCUAA